GCCUAAACGGGAUAUAAUGUACAGUGUACUAUUACAAAGCGCAAGAUCGAAUGAAUAUUAAACUUCUUUCCUUGGGUGACUGUGAAAUGGAAGGGACAGAGGUCCACAUCAUCUGAUACUGAUGGAACAAAACAGGAGAUGGGCUGUUCUACAAGCAAGACGACGACAGUCGCGCCAUACCCUGGUGCCACAAAGACACACCUCUCCACCUCCCGCAAUCGAAGACACCCAGGCGGUCGUCAGAUAAGGGUGGUUCCAGCAUCUCAUAGUAGACCACUGGCCAAGAAGACAUUGAAUUCGGAACAAGGUCAGGAGGAACCAGUCCAGAAGCGGACACGGCGUGAUUCUCGAGUUGUGACGGAAGAUGACUUGGUCUGGUCUGGCAAGAAGGCGUUGAUUCCUCGCCUAUCCAUCUUCAAGGCGAUUGAUCAGAGAGCCAUUGCAGCUCCAGACAAGCUACGCACCAAACCUGCGGAGUUGGUCGCCUAUCUGACAGCCCCAUGCAAGACAGAACUGGAGAAGUUUCGGGCUAUCUUCCGAUGGGUAGCCUCACACAUGAGAUACGACGUGGAGUCGCUCGAGACAGGUAUUCGAGCCAGCCAAAGAGCAGACGACUGCAUGGCAAGCGGAAAGGCAGUGUGUGCUGGAUUCUCUGGGGUGCUCGGAGAACUGUGCAGGCAUAUUAACGUCCAAUUAGAAGAUAUCUCUGGCUGUUCCAAAGGUGGGGAAUACCGCGCCGGCGAAACGAAAAGAUACCAGAUUUCGGGAGGCAUGCCGACUAAGACGGAUCACGUGUGGAACAUCGUCCACAUCAGCGGUGAAAGAUUCUUAUGUGACCCAACAUGGGCGGCUGGGAGCUAUCGUUGGGAAGGAGGCAAAAAAAUGUGGAAGACCUUUUGGGAGGAGGGUUACUUCCUUGCUGACCCUGAGGGGGUAUUUGAAGACCACUGGCCCAUGGGAAACGGUGGUCACAACAAACAGCUUUUGAAGUCCCCACGAAAGAACUUCAAAGAUUGGUUGGGAAGACCACACAUGAAAACAUCAUCUCAUACUCUCGGAGUUGUCCUGCUCUCCCAUAAAGAAGGGACGAUUCUGACAGACAAAAACGAAAUCGACAUCGAGUUCACAUCGAAAUAUCAGCUAAAGACUUCAACGAAAUUAGAAACAUUAAAGGGGAAAACUUGGACAGAAUUCAGUGGAUUUACAUUGACCUAUCGCGAAGGGGAGAUGUAUAAAAUUCGCGUCAGGAUACCAGAGAGAGGCAACACGUUUAUUCUGAAAGUUCUUGGACGAUUACUAGAAGCAGACGACAACCUCACUGAAAAAGGCUUUUUCAUUGUUUCCUACAACAUUGUCGGCUCAUCACAAACCGUUGCCCGGCCGUUCCAUUCUGAUUUCUGUGAGCGUCUAGGGAUCGAGGCGGAUGCUCUAAAGCUAGGUUUCAAACUAGAUGAUAAGAGUCCGAUGGUUCAGUCUAAAGCCGGCGAGGAGAAGAUUUCUAUCACUCUGCCAAGUUCUGACCCCAUUUCACUGAAAUGUCGUCUGCGUUGUUUGGACAAUAAUUUAGAGCUUGAUGACCAAUGUUAUUCUGAAAAGAACGCGGACCGAAUCGUCUGCCACAUCAGAAUGUAUGACAAGGGCGAAUAUGCCCUUUUUGUUUUCGCUAAUUUACAACAGACGGAUAAUACCAGGCUAGCGAUGUUAGGAAACUUUUUCAUCAACUGCAUCUCGCCGUUGCCAAGUCGUCUCCCAGCUUUUCCGAAACAUUACAGAUAUAAUGGCCCCGAGCCUGCGUUCCAUGAGCUUGGUAUGGUUGAUCUAAACGGGAAUUCCUCGAUCAAAAAAGCUAACAACGAUGGAACAUGUCACCUAACUUUUCAGAUACCUUCUAACCUUCCUCUGUUUAUGGUCCUCUAUGAUCACGCUGGGCACGACAUCCGGGAGCGCCGCGUUUGUGGCGUCCUCGAAAAAGGCAUCAUGACGGCCAUGUUAAAACUACCGCAUCCAGGCAACUUCACCCUUGGAAUAUGCAAGAAACAAGAGGGGACCAGCGCAAAUAACCUCGCAUUUUAUAUGAUAGAAAAUCAUGGGACAUUUCAUGGCGAAUUGUUCCCAGUUGUACAUGAUUUGAUCGGGCCCCUCCCAAGAGCUGCAGGACUCGGGCUGACAGCCGCGGACAAGGACAUGAAAUAUUACAUAAAAACAUCGAAGUUACGGCACAGCUUAAAGUUCUUUGCCCCGGCGGAACUUAAAUCAUUUGCUAUCUUGACAUAUCGAGAUAGAGGGAGAGAGGAUGUGCGGCCGGCAGUGGAAGGGGUGGCUGAUGGUAUCGUCGCCUUGACCUAUGCUAUUAACCUUCCCUUCAGGGGAAUCUUUAGUUUCCAAAUUUGGGAACGCAGCAGCCCGACAAAGAAAUUGAUAGGAAUGCUGUUAGAAUAUCAAUAAUCUAUGUAUGACUGUCGCCAAGAAUUCAAUCACUCCCUGGAACAAAGGUUUAUCGGCUCCUCUGCAUUUGCUGUAACGGGACAGAUGCUGUGGAAUCAGCUGCCAGUUUAAUACUGUGAGAACAAAAUGACCAUGGCAAGCUUUGGAAUCUCACUGAAAAAUAAUUUUUAUGAAAUAUAUUUUGAGUCUUUUACCAAGGUACUUUUACAUGUUAUUCCGAAAUCUUUAAAUCAUCUUGUGUAUUAGACUUUAUUGAAUAUACGCAUGUUUACUUAUUUGACAGCGCUUAGCAGUUUAUUUCAACGUUAAGCACUACAUUGUAUAGAAUAGUUUUAAUAAUGUUGAUAAUAACACUAAUAAUUUCAUUAUUAAUUUGUCAUCAUAUUGUUGCUGUCACGUGUAAUACAUACUAAAUAGAUAUAAAAUAAUAUUUCUCUACAAAUCUAAGAAUGUAUAGGUUGUAGUGGUUAUGGACAAAGUAUUGACCUCAGAAGGAUUCCAGAACAUGCCUCGCACGCAGACCCGGGCCGACCCCAUGGUUCAGCUGGAGACAUUCUCCGCAUUACUAGCUUGUAAAUGUCACUUCAACCCCCAUUCUGGACUGUAACCAUGCAGGUGUAGCCGGCAUAUUCAUGUCGAUCGCCAAGUUUAUGUUGAUAAAUCAUAUAG